AUGCUUGCCCGGCUUUCACUUGUCCUCUCAGCCCUCACUAUUGGGUCGUUGGCUACUUCUACCUUGGACAAGGUCCUGACUCGCUCGGAAGUAGAUCUUGGGGCUUUGGCUCCUGUCACUGUUGAUGACGGCGUUAGCCUGCAGUGGAGUGGAAGCAUUUUCCCAGGCGAAGAGCCCACUUUCCUAUACGGCGACAUAGAGGAAAUCUACAAGGCUAUCCUUUCAGUCAACCCUGACUACCAGGCAGCCGAAGCUUCCCCUGAAUCUUGGGAAACGUUUGGCGUUCAUACGGGGACAAGUCUGGAGAAGCGCCAAAAUGGCUACAGCUGUGCCGUCAUGGCCACCGGAAGUUUUGAUCUCAAUGUUCGUUUUCGACUAGCAUCCCCUUCAUUCUCGGCCCCCCGCUCGAAGCAGUGCAGACUCCUAACUCCUUAUCCCAUGGGGGAUUAG